GACACCAGCAGCUGGGCAGUUACUAGGCUGCGACCUCCACCACCUGUGUAAUCCAUUUCUCACUUGACAAGAUCGCAUUCACCACCACAAUCUUCCUCUCCAACGUUGUUUUGGCCCCUUCAAGAGACAUCUUACAUAAAUAAGUGUAUCUGAAACUAAGUGGAGAAAAGGUAUCAUGUGAGAAGAAAUGAAGGAGUAGCAGAAACUUAAGUGGAAAAGCUAUCGUGAAAUGAAAAUGAAAAUGUUAUUUAGGCUCUCUCUGACAUACAAGUGCUUAUCCGUAAGGUCCAUGUUUACUACUGAUAACUGGUGCAUUUCCUCGUUGGUGCUUCUAUCACAGUUAUAACUUAUUUGUAGACGUUUCGCCCGGAGGAGGGGGGUAUCAACCAGAACUGCUGUGUGUUGAAUCCCUUACCUAACUCCAAAAAGGGCUUUCUUGCUUUCUUCUCUCCGAGCGUUAUCAAAAACAGGAGCCGCAGACAGCAGCCAUCCUCAGGAUCAAAGACAUUGUCUAAAGCUUCAUUGGUGGGUAUGGUGGGCGUGGGCAUGGUGGAUAUGGUCGUGUUGGGUAUCAGUGUGGGCGCACCUUCUCCCAUACCUGGCCCUUGCAUGGAUGUACUUCAGAACAGUCAUUCCAGUAUGGGAGAAGGACAGUGACCUGGUGCGCUGGUUAACGAAGAAAGUGCCCUCACGACCCGUGAGUGACCUGGACCACGACCUGGCAGACGGGGUGACCCUGUGUGGCUUGCUAGAGGCACUGGUGCCAGGUACCUGCCCCAGGCACGACCUCCUCCCAACAGACCAGCCUGAGGCUAACCUCUGCAUCGCCUCCAGGCUUGCUAGUGAUUUUCUUGGCGUCACACAGGACCUCGGUAAAGUUGGGGAUGGUGCGGGAGGACGGGCGGUGCUGGUGCAGUUCCUACGAGGAAUCAGGUACGCCGCCCUCAGGAGACAGGUGCUGGGUGGUCCACCUGUCACACCUCAGGCUGUCGCACAAACACUCGGCUCUCACCAGGUAAUCGCCAGGGGAAUGGGUCUUCAGAUGGGUGUUGUGGGACGGAGGGCGAGGUUCACACUCUACCUUAGCAGUUCCUUGGAGCUCGACCUAGUAGUGGAGGUGAAGAACGACCGUAACGACUACUGUAGCCACCGCAUCACCCACCGCUCGCCCUCCAGGUCGACAUACGUUGCCAAGGACAACCUUAGGGGUCGCCAUAACAUCCCGCUGGAGUAUGAGCUGAGUGGCUGUGAGGUGCGUGUAGCGUGGGUCCCUCUCCAGCAUGCUCGACACUCCCUGGCUAUCAUCUGGCGAGGACAACACGUAGUGGGGUCUCCUUACAGCGUUCUCGUUGACGAGUCUCAGCACAACUCGCCGGGGCGCAAGUGUCAACUGCUGCGACCUCUGCAGGAAAGUGACGCUGAGGCUGAGAUUGCUACCCCCGUCAGUACCAGCAGGAGAAGCUCCUUACACAAGGAUGACUCAUCUAUCCUCUCCUACAGAGCCAAGGCCGGAGCACUCAGGUUCGUGAACAUCCUGCGUCGCCGUGUAGUACGUCGUGUUGUACACGUCGGAGACGAGGACGUGGUUCUUCAAGGAGACGAGAGCAUCGGACGAUCCUUCCAGGCUUGUAACGCGUUCCGCAAGAUGAGGACCACUUCGCUGGAUAGUCUGGAGGAGGGACAGAGUAGCUGCUUCCUCAGUCCUUCAACCUCCACUUCAGCCUCCAGAAGGAACUCCCAGCAUGCGGACGGUAAAGUGCCCUUGUUGCCUGGUAUCUUUUCGUGUAAAUCUCAAGCUGACAUGUUGAUGCAGCAGUUGGACUGUGUCAGUCAUGCCCACAAGGAGGUUAUGGGUGAAGAAAAGUCACUGGAGGAGAAAGAGGAGUGUCAUCAGGGGUCUCCAGCAGAAUCAGUAACGAGAGAAAAGGACCUUAGCACAGGCAUCCAGGAAUUAACGUUGUCUUCUGAUAUCUUGACUAAUUUGACAGAGGUAAAACAUGAAAGUAAAGAUGUUUUACGAAGUUCCAUCGUAGACGAUAUUAAUUCAUCACAAAACACGUCAAAUAGAUUCGUAUAUUCUGAAAAUAGGCAAGAUACUGAUAACAAAGCAAAAGAUAUGUUGAAAUUACAUCAGAAUAAAGAUAUAUAUGAUGCUGAUGAAAACUCACAUGAUUUUCAAGAGCAAGAUGUGCAAGUCAGGUCUAGGGAAGUAGAAACAUUGCAGGGAAGUAUACCAAGCAUCUCAUACAAGGAGACUGAAGAGAACACAGAACUAUAUGUUCCUAAGGUCGGUGUUGAAAACGACGAGUCUGGAAGAAGAAAGAAAGUCACAUUGGACAGCAUGGAAGAGGAUUCAUCCAGACUGCUGGAUGAGACGCCCACUGACAUCAUUAACAGCUGUGACUUUAUCAUAAAGUACGGUUCAAAGGAGGAGGCUCUUAGAACAGUUGAAAUUGCUUCACAAAUCAUGGCUUCCAACUUAAGCGAUGUGUGUGAGCCAUCUCUGUCCACGACGGACACCAGAUCUGAAGAUUUGCCAGUAGAGGAGGCUAUGAGGUGUGUCCAGAACGGUGAAGCAGCUAGCGGCGACGUGCUGGAAACUCUCAUUAACACUCAAGGCGUCAACUUCAGCGUUUCUCUCACCACUCAGGAAGAUACUUACGGGGAAAACAAACACAUUUCCGAGCUACUUAAGGAUGCUGAUGAAUCAGAGCCAGUAGCAAAAGUGUUUCAAAAACGAGGAUAAUUUUUGUAGCUAUAGACGAAGACCUCUGCUUAUUCCCGAAGUGGUCAUCCAUGAGGAGUCCAAAACACCGAAAGCAGAGAGUGAAUCAAAGAGUAGAUCAAAGUUGGUAGAGUCUGCAGCAAUAACUGUGAAGUCCAGAGCC